GAGUUGUGGAAGGGGCAAAAUCAGGAUGGCGUUCAGCGUCGCCGGAUCUGCUCGAGGGGAGGUCACCUGACCGCAACGGUGUCUGGCAGGCGGUUGUAUAUAACUCGGCCAGCCCCCAUCCAUCAAGAUCAAGUGUGAGUGUUCUGUACCUGUUGAUUGAACGCUUCAAUCCAUCGAUCCGCGUGAGCCUGAACCCAUCGGACCCACCGCCCAGGUACUACUAGUACUACUAGACUGCUCACUGUCCUGUUCCUCUAAUAUCCAUAUCAUUUAUACUAUAUUGUAUUUCCCAUGUCGCAUCUCAUCCGCGCCGGGAGCAUUGCCCGCCUCGCCCGUCCGUUCUCGAUCAUCGUGCCUGCCCGACGCGAAGGAGAGGCCAUCUUCCCCAAGCCCUGUGGGUUUCUGGCAGACAUCCGUCCCGAAUCCAGUGGCAGCUACCCCGGGAAGACGCAGGAGGUGGAGAAGUUCAUGGUGGUGCGACAGAAGAUGCACGAGCAGCGCCGCCACCUCGACGAGCUGGAGAGGCACAUCCAGGAUCUUGCUCGAGAGCAGGACGGGGGCAUACCGGGUGUGAUUCCGCACUAUUGACGUUGCUGCAGUUUUUCUUUUUCUUUCUUUUUCUUCCCACUCAACGGUGGGCUAGCUGGCCACGCAGCUCCGACCGGGAUUACCUGACAGCCGGGGUUAGGAUCGGGGUUUGCCUUGUGUAUAUACUUUUUUUUUUUUUUUUUU